UCGACGCCACACCAUACAGUGAGUCGGUUCUCGUUGUAGUGAAAACAGAUAUCUUUGUCAAAGAUUCGCCUUUCAGUAAAGAAACAUCGAAACAUUCUCUUCAAUUAUAACCUAACUUCUGUGGAGAGAUAACUUUUUGGGGAAAGGUGUCAUAAAAAAAAUCUUCAUUCAAAAACCUUCAAAAACACGUUGGACUUUUCUCAAGACUUAUGAAUUAAUAAAAUGGCGAGUAACAAUUCUUCGCAACUCGUCGCGAUGAUGAUGAUAUCCAAGACUGAAGCAACUCGUCGAAAACCACUCGUAAUGGUGGCCAUCCAAGCUUCUGCCAUGGUGGUGAUGAUGGUAGUCGGAGCUUUAGCCAAUGGUGUCAUCUGUCAUUGUAUUCUAAAACACACCUCAUUGAGAACAGUAACUAACAUUUUCAUUAUGAAUCUAGCAACGACAGACUUUCUUGUUUGUAUUUUCUGUAUGCCGUUCGCGUUGAUAUCAUGCAUUGUUGACGAGUGGGUUUUUGGUGAUCUUAUGUGCCGCCUCGAGGGAUUUCUGCUUUCCAUGCUAUGUAUUUCUUCGAUUUUAACUCUUGUUUUAAUCGCAAUAGACCGUUACAUGGCAAUAAAAUAUCCUUUGAAAUAUUGUACACAUUUGACAAAUAGCAUUUCUGUUUUUAUGCUCUCGACUAUCUGGUGCUACGCGGCGAUUUGCUCCAUGCUUCCCGCGCUUGGUUGGGGAAGCGGGUAUGUCUACGUUAGAGAGGAAAACAUUUGCCGACCGGAAUUCGGAACACCGUCAAAAGACAGUGGUUUUACUAGCUUUCUUUUUACAAGCGCAUUUGCAGUUCCUUUCUCGGUUCUAGCGUUCCUCUACUUGUCCAUUUUAUGGACAGCUCGAAAACAGUUUCGUCAAGUUCACGUGGCGAAAAACAUCAUUCAGGUGAAGCCUCAAACAGACGAGUCAACCAAGAACACUGGCAAAAGGACCAUUUUACCUGAGUUCGAUAAUACGUGCACUGAGGUCACUUCUGCAACAAACACUACAAGAUCUCUAGGAUUCUCCACAUCAAAAAACAGAAAACACCGUCGUAAGAGCAAGACCCGCGGUUUUAAGAUAUUGUUGUUAAUCGUCGCAGUCUUCAUCAUGUGCUGGUCCCCUCACUUUGUUUUGAUAUUUUACUCGAGUAUCGCCCACGUCAAAAUUCCACUGGAAAUUAGAGUUAUAACUACAUGGCUAGCCUUUCUCAAUUCUACUAUGAACCCGUUUUUAUAUGGAUUUUUGAAUGGCAAAUUCCGGUCCGGACUGAAACGAUUUUGGGGUAAUAAAAUACUAUGCUGUUGGUUGUGGAAGGGCAAUGAGGAAUCUCGAGCCUUUCACAUUAAUCGCUGACUGUAGAUGGGCUUUACUGUGAGCCUAUGGAACUAAGUGACUUUUACCGACUUUAGACAUGAUAUGCCGAAAAUUAACUUUAAAAGAACUCUAAAGAAGUCCUCGGUGGCCAAAACGCAAACAAUUGUACGGUGAUAAGCGUGUGAGAAUUUKCUACAAUCAACUAAUGACAAAUACUUAACACUCAUGUUCCUGGCAGCACGAACUGAAAAAAAACUAUUAAUGACAGAAAAUAUAGCAAGAUUCUGCAAAGAGAGGCAGUUUAUUUAUAUUUGGAUAUAGAAUCUGGGAAAUAAAUCUCCCUUUACUUUUGAUCUUUACCAAAUGGUCCAAACGACAUUAAAAUGUAGAUUUAGAUUGAAGGGCGAGAUGGUCUAAAUGUAGCCGGCGGGGAUAAUGGACAAUAUAUUUGCUAAGUGAGUUUGAACGCUCAGUUCAAAGUCUUAUUGAAUUAAAACUAAAUAAUAUAUAAAAUAAUACAAAUUAGCUGAUUUGAACAUUUUAAAUCAUGUAUAUAUUUUAAGAGUGACUCAAUAUCAAAGAUUUCUCAUGAAAUAUGUUAGCUUUUAAAUAAAAGACU